CAAUUAAUUAUUUGUAUUCUGUUUCAUCGAAUAAUUAUUCUUAGAUCAUAUUCUCCUUUUCUUAUUAUGCAUACACAAACGUUACAUGCAUAUAUGAGCAUCUAACAUAUGCAUUAUUAUAUACCAUGUUCUCGGUCUAACCUCUCCCGGCCAAUGGGCCGGUCCCCGUGCUAGGGAAUGAUGGAGGUUUGUUGGAUCUGUCACGAUACAACAAUUUCGAUGCUUCUAUGUCUUUGCCUUUGACCUAUGUUGCUAUUGAUUCUUUUUGCCUUAUCUGUCUCAGGAAAUGACUCCCCCUCUACAAAAGACAGCUCCUCCCAAUAUAUUCGUUGUGGCAUUGAGAUAUCAGAGAUAGCUUCUCAUGUAUCACAACAAGGUGACAUAGGUGAAGUUGCAAAUUUAUUGCAACUACACAACCUAAUAUGAAGGCAAGAAGCAAGUGAUUUCAGCGUAUGAUGAUUAAAGGAUAUUAAUCCUCUAAAAGGUUGGAUAAAAGGCUUUUAUCUUGCAGGCGUUGCCCUAUCUAUUUUGUAUUGCAUCCCCUGUAUUGCUUUGUCUGUUUUCCUACAUCAAUAAUCCAAACUACUACCACUGAACAACCGAGCAAGCUCAAGAGCUGCAAUUUAUUUAGAAAUUAUGUAUCCUCGACUUCUUUUUGCCAGUUGUCAGUGAUUGGAAAUAGUUGUGAAUUAAUCCCACUAACUCUAUGCUGCUAAAAACUUUCAUAAAACUAAGAAAAAAUAAAAAGUACUACAAUAACAACAACUUGGCCGGCCUCUGUGCUAGUUGCAAUGAUGCAAUUAUCAUCUACACUAAUGCAAUUGCUAAUAAAUGACAUUGUCAUAAUGCAAUUCAGAAUACAAUCCCAUUGUGGAUCAUUUAAGGAGGAGGCUAAUUUGGAUGUCAAAUGGGUUUAUGUCGUUACGUUGGUUUAGUUAGUGGUAUGGUCUAAUCAGAUUACAAUUGGUUUAUAUUUUAGUUUAUGUUGGCUUUAACUAAACAUACAAAGAAGUAGGAAACCAUUAACACCAAAUAAAUUGAUAUAAUCUAUCUUAAAACAAUCUACCUAUAAUCUAAUUUGAUGUUUAAGUAAAAUACUACAUUACAAAUAAAAUGACAAAUCAUCACAUUUAAAUGCCACAUUUAACAUUAACAUCCAAAUGGUUAUACUUUAACCCAAUAUAUAACAUCAACAUUUUAAUGUUCUACUUGAAUCCGACAAAAUUCCUUCUUUUUGUUGUUUAAUUCCACCAAAACGUAUCUUUUUAUUUAGAGACCAUUCUCCAGUUGCAUCACUCUUUUCUCAAUUUUGACUAUUUUUUACGAUUUUGACUAUCGUUUCGUAUCGGUAGUUUUGCCGGCAUAUUUUUGUCAAUGUCACUUGAACCGAAUUGUACCGAGCGGCCCUCUCAUCGACAAUUGGCUAUUUGUCAACUUCUAUGUCUGGUUACGCAAUGUGCUCUGAGUUACCUAUUUUGAAUGUUACACUAUCUAUGUUAAAAAUAAACAUGGUCCAGGAAACCGUAUCGGGAAAGUCAUUGGUAGAAUAUUUUAUGGUAAAACCGUAGUUCAACCGUAGUUCAACCAUUAGUAUCGUUAAAUAUCGCCUAUCGAUUUAGCCUCCGAUACUGGUAUUUUGUGGUUGAACCGCCGGUUCGAUACGAUUUCAUGGACAAUGAAAAAAAAGUAAAGACCAAAACAUCGAAAUACGCCGCCGUUUGGGAUGUUUUUCUUGACCCUUCGUACAAGUUCUCAUCUUCUAUGCUUCUCCUCUGCCAAAAGUCGGGGAAACGUUUCUCAAAUUUCAACUUCAAUACAUUGCUCACACAGUGAAAAGCCCUGCGAAAAACCCUUGCUUUUAUUCGAGUCUCUCUUCUCAAGCACAAAAAGCGGACGGGAAAAGGGAUUCCACAUCAAUGGCGGGCGGGCGAUUCAGAGAGCUACUGAAGAAGUACGGCAAAGUGGCACUAGGGGUUCACUUCUCCGUCUCCGCCGCUUCCAUCACGGGACUCUACGUCGCCGUGAGGAACAACGUCGACGUCGAGUCGGUCUUCGACAAGCUCCAUCUCCCGGGGCUCUCGAGCAAAGAAUCCUCCACCGCCGAGCAAAUCCAGGAGCAGCAAGCACGGCCCAGCGGCAGCCCAAUCGAAUUGGAGGCGCAUCAUCGGCCGCCGGCGGAAUCGACGACGGUGGUGGUGACUGGCGAGGAGGAGACGAAGGGGAGGAGUCGGGUGGCGGAGCUCGCUGCUUCGAGCGGCGGCGCGCUCGCUCUGGCGUUGCUGUUCAACAAGGCGUUGUUCCCGAUUCGGGUCCCGAUUACCCUCGCGCUGACGCCUCCCAUUGCCAGGGCUUUGGCCAGGAGAGGAAUGAUCAAGAACACUGUAUGAGCUUCAAAUUGUACUUCUUUUCUAUUUUAUUCACUUCGUGCUGCUUCCAAUGAUUUUGGGUAGCUUUUAGAAAGACAAGAGAUGAAGGGGGAAUUACUGAUAAUGGUUCUUUGAGUAGUGAUUUCAGAAUUUGCGGCAAUAGCAAUAUCCAUAUGCGGUUUUGCUGUGCAUACUUUGUUGUGCCCUUUACUGGAUUUAUGAAUAACAGUGAAAGAUUAUAUCUUUCUGUCUUUCGUGGUUCGUGUUGCUAUAUGAUCCAAUUGAUUUGCCUUUGUGCCCUAGGAGUUCAUGAACAGGCAUAAUUUAUGCAUCUCGGGUGUUCUUUGAAGCUAACAUAUUGAUCAAUAAUUCCAUAUGCUGAACUGAAUGCAUCUUGAUUUGCCCGGUUCACUUUCGAUAGUAAUUGGGAUUUGCAAAGCGGGAUAGGGUCCUAGAAGUGUCAAGAUGCUUACGAGUAACCCUAGGAGUACUUACCGAACAAGGUGUAGGUCUGGUUCGCAGAAUAGAUGGAUGGAUGCAUGUGGGUUGUUUUCAGCAGUCUGCAGAGCAAUUCGUUUGAUGAUCCCGAAUCUCACAGCUGAUAGUGAUCAUUGUUCAUUAUGUACAUUUUAAGCAUUUACGAUUGGCAAUGCAUACAAGUUGCCUACUUCUGAUAUUGAGGGCGCUGCUGGUAUUGUUUGAUAACUGGAGAUCAUUUGCUGUUUACAUGAGCAUUGCCUUCUGCGAGUACACAGCACCUAGACUAGGAGUUUGUGGACUUGUACACUAUACAAUGUGUCUGUUCGCUCCAUAUGGGGUCUACUAUCGGAUGGUUAUCGCCUUCUGGGAUCACGUCGUAUUUACCCUCAUCAUUAGAACUGCAACUGUUCUUUAGUCGUUUCAGCCUCUGUAUUUUCACUCGUCUAAGAAAUGCUAGCCGUGCAGAUCCCUAAAACCUGCAGAAAUUUCUCUGUAGACCUAACGCAUUGCAUUUGCAUUCGCAUUCUUCGGGUUCUGUUCACAGCCUGUGGUGCUCUGCGGCAAAGAAGUGAUUAGCUUCUGCCUUUCCGGUUUCUAGAUAAGUAAAUCUGUCGAAUAUUGCAGUUGACGUAAUUUCCAGAAAGUUGUUUGCUGCCAUCAAUUGGCUAAUUAGCACAUGGAAGACUGAAGGGAAGAAAAAUUAGUAAAUUACAUUUUGUCAU